AUCAAAAAGCGAAAAUGAAACAUUUCAAUCACUGCUUUCAUGCAUAGACAAAAGAAGAAAAAAUAUGAUCACUUUAUUAAUUUUAGUAUUGAUAAUUGUUUUAAUUGUUUUGCUUUUAUAUUAUUAUUUAAUGUGGAAUAUUGAUUAUUGGCCUAAGAGAAACGUGAACGGUCCUAAGCCGCAAAUCUUUUACGGAACUUUCCCGAAUUUAUUAAAACGUCAACAGCACAUGGCAGACGAUAUGAAAGAUAUAUAUCAGUUAUAUAAGGCCAGGGAGAAUUUUGUGGGCGUCUAUCUAUUACGUGCUCCACAAUUGAUGAUAUUGAAUCCACAGAUUAUCCAUGAUAUACUUGUCAAUGACUUUAAACAUUUCGAAGAUAACGAUGUGGGGAAAUUGAUCAAUCGCGAUAAAGAUCCACUAAUAGCACAAAAUCCUUUCAUAUUAAUGGGCGACGAAUGGCGUCAACAACGUUCUCUACUUUCUCCUGCCUUAACCAACUCCAAGCUCAAAGUUGCUUACCAUAUAAUGCAAAAUAUAUGUGAAGAUUUAAUACAUUUUGUAAACGAAAACGAUAGCCUCCAUCAUUCUGGGCCAUUGAAUGGCAAAGAUGUAUGUUUAUUUGCAAUACAUAUACAUAAAUAUUCUUCUCUUACCUCUUCUCAUCAGUUAGCUUUGCGUUUCACUGCUGAAUCCCUUAGUGAUUGUAUUUUAGGUAUUAAGGCUAACAGUUUUAGCCGUUCAUCCGCUCUACCCAUAACAGAAAAUGUGCGUAAAUUUGCUGAGAACAAUACCGCAUUCAUUGUUUUCAGCAUAAUGGUCGGCUUAUUUCCAAAAAUCUUAAGUUUUUAUAAAGCGAAAUUUUUCCCUCAUGAUUGUGAGACUUUUUUCAUGGAUCUAAUGAGUAAAGCAUACAAUUUACGAAUUCAGGAUAACACAAAUCGACCAGAUAUACUUAAUUAUUUGUUGGAAAUUAAAAAUCUAUAUAAAUUGCCCGAGGUGAAUAUGUAUUCGCAUAUCAUGACCUUUCUAAUUGAUGGUUUAGAUACGACGGCAACCGUUAUAGCGCAUUGUCUUUUAAUGCUAGCUUUUGAAACUGAAUGUCAAGACAAACUGUAUAAGGAAAUAAUGGAAGCUGCUACGGAAAAUGGAAAACUAAGUUUCGAAAAACUUAAUAGUUUACCCUAUUUAGAUGCUUGCAUACACGAAUGUUUACGUAUUUAUCCACCCGGCCUAUGGGCUACGAAAUGCUGCACCAAAGCAUACAAGAUAUCUAAUAAAAAUGGCAGCUGUUUGCACAUACGAAAGGGCGAAACCAUUUUAAUACCUAUUUAUGGUAUACAUCAUGAUUCGCAUUAUUAUGCGGAGCCGGAAAAAUUUCGUCCCGAACGAUUUCUAAUGCGGCAAAAUAGCGUACGUUAUUAUAAAAAUAAGGGACAAUAUUUAGGUUUCGGAGAUGGUCCCCGCAUAUGUUUAGGUAUGAAUUUUGCUUUAAUGCAAUGCAAAGGCGCUGUGUCCGCGUUGAUUAGAAACUUCAAUGUAAAGGCGAACACAAAAACCAAAUCCUCAUAUAAAUUGGAUGCAAAAUGUUUUUUGGCCUCGCAUCAUGGCGGUGUUUGGUUAAAUUUUCAAAAGCGUUAA